AUGCCAUAUGGCUCCCAUUCCGGCAUAUUCCACCUUCUACCUCUCGGACUGAGAGUCCAUGAGAAGGUCAUCCGUCUAGUUGAUCGUUACAUGCGCAGGCUAGGAGCAUCACGGGUCCAGUUGUCUGCUAUAUCAUCCGAGGCCCUAUGGGAGCAGACUGGUCGUCUUAGCAAGAUCGGCUCCGAGCUUUUCCGGUUCAAUGAUCGUAAGGAAGGAAAGUAUCUCCUGAGCCCUACCCACGAAGAAGAGAUCACAGCCCUGGUGGCUCGCUCUGCGAAGUCAUACAAGAACCUGCCCCUGAGGCUGUAUCAAAUAACACCAAAAUAUCGAGAUGAGCUUCGCCCUCGUCAAGGCCUACUGCGAGGUCGUGAGUUCUACAUGAAAGACUUGUAUACAUUUGACUACUCUAAUGAGGCGGCACUGGAAACCUACGAACAAGUACGGGAGGCAUAUUCGCAGAUAUUCAUCAAAGAGAUGAAGCUUCCAGUGCUCGUGGCCCAGGCGAGCUCUGGCGACAUGGGCGGCAGCUUGAGCCAUGAGUAUCACAUCCCCACCGCGCUUGGCGAAGACCACGUCAUGAGCUGUCACAGCUGUGGUUAUGUCGCCAACGAGGAGCUUGCGGAGAGCCGCCCGGCCGCUGCCGUCUUCGUCGACAACACGUGCCAGCCGAAAGCGUGGCACGGGAUAUCUAAGGACCGCAAGACACUCGUGCGGGUCUGGUUCAACUCGGACCAGUUCUCCGGGGAGGACAUCAGCACCCACGCUGUUAAGCAGGCCGUUCCCGAUCUUGAUUCCGGAGUCGAGGAUCCGACGCCCUUUUGGGCCGCCGCAAUCAAGGACUUCACGACAAGCGAGGAGACCCAGGUCCGCGUCGUCAACUUAUUUGACGACAGACUGCCCAAAGAAAUGAGGGUCUACCCAACCCUUGACUCGAACGACUCCCCAGAGUUGAGGCGUCUCCCAGUAACCAACCUGAAGGAAGGCAUCCCAAACCCAUUCCGCAUCAAAGACGGCGACGCAUGCCCCCGCUGCGACGACGGUACCCUCAAGGUGCAGAAGGCCAUCGAGCUGGGCCACACCUUCCACCUCGGCACGCGGUACUCGGAGCCCCUCGGCGCCAGCGUCAGCGUGCCCGCCCGCCUGCUACCCGGACACGGCGGCAAGGAGCCGUCCCGCAGCGGCGAGGAGACGACCACGGUGCCCAUCCAGAUGGGCUGCCACGGCAUCGGCAUAUCGCGCAUCGUCGGCGCGGUCGCGGACCACCUCGCCGACGAGAGGGGCCUCAACUGGCCGCGCGUGAUCGCGCCGUACCAGGUCGUGGUCGUCUUCAACUCCAAGGACACGAGUCUCGCGCGCGACGCGGGGGUCGUCUACGACCAGCUGGUGGCCGGCGGCCGGAAGGACGACAUCGACGUCAUCAUCGACGACCGGCAGGAUGCCAACAUGGGCUGGAAGCUCAAGGACGCGGACCUCGUCGGAUACCCUGCCAUUGUGGUGCUCGGCAGGGAGUGGAAGGCCUCCAGGCGGGUGGAGGUGCAGUGUAGGCGGCUCGCCCAUACGGAGUUGGUGCCGUUGAAGGAGUUGAGGUCUCGCGUGAAAGGCCUGCUCAAUCAGUUGUAG